CACAGGAGUCAGGUGUACGGCGGUGCACCUGUCGGGAAAACGAGAGAGUGUAUGCUCACCUGCUUUACCUCGGAGUUUACAUUGUUGGUCAACAUGUGUCAAUAAUCCCCGCUGAAUUGAACAUCCGCACAGAAACCAAUCAAUAAUCAUGAAGAGGGGGACGCUGAACUUUUUGGGUCGAAAGAAUCAGUCUCUUUUCGACACCAAUAUCAAAAUCAAGGACAUGGAUAAUGUGGAGUUCGUGCUGGGCUCAUCAGCGAUACCAGAGUCGGGUACUGCCAGUGUGCGGGCAAGACCCACAGUCAAGCAUCACUCUUCCUCAUCUGAGAGUUUCCAAGGGUUUGCUGUCCCAACACCAAAAGUCCCUCUCCUCCCCGCUGUCAAUGGUCAAAAGACCAACGGUUUAGUCAGUGGAGAUCAGUUGUCCAAUGGAUCAGUUAUCUCUGUGCCUGACCUGGUGGAGGGGGAAAUAUUUGUUCCUCCUCGUCCCUCUGUGGCCCCUCCACCCCCUCCAGGGACUUUCAUCCCUCCUCCACCAGACUUCAUGGGUGACUUAAACAGUCUAGACCUGGCAACCCUUCAGCCUCCCUCCAUGCCUGCUCCACUGGCCCCCUACAUGGAGGAAGAUAUAACCGUAUUAAAACCCCCACCAAUGGCUCCACCAAAGCCUCCAUCAACUUCUUCUAACAGCUCUGCAUCAUCUGUACCUAUUUCUAGUCCACCACCAGCCAAAGUUCCUGAUCAUCCAAAAUUUGCACCACCACAGCCCCCUAAUGAACGGCAACAGAAAACUUUUAAGACGCCACCUCCAAAGCCGAUAAGAUUGUCCUCUAUCUCCAACCUUGACUCCCCACCACAGACUCCUGCUCCACCUCCCCCUGUACAGACACCCACACUGUCCACCUUUAAUCCCCAAAACACAGCAAAGCUUUACAAUGUUCCUCAGCCUUCUUUGCUUAGUGGAUAUGAGGAUCGUGACACAAGACCCAAGAAAAUCUUACUCCUGGAGGAUUCUGGGUCUGUUACGUCCACUCCAGUGCGUGUCAAGGUAGAUGGAAAAGCUCCUAAGGUGGCUCCAGCAUCUAAACCAAUGUCCAAAGAUAUACCAGAUAUUAAGGAGAACUUGCAAAUUACUCCAGUCCUUCAGUCACCCCUACCUGAGCCAAAGAAGGAGGCUACUACAGGGACACUUUCAGCACAGCAAGAAACAGAGAAACCUCUUCAGACUCCACAUCAGACUUCACCACAGCUUCAAAAAUUGAACAUCACUCAGGUGAAUUCAGGAGCCAGCAAGGUCAAAUUUAAUGAAUCUCCAAGUCAAAUCCACAAAAUCAGUCCAUUAUUGGAUCGUAAACUACGUAGCCUGAAGAGUAGUGAAACCAGUGGGGCACGAGAGGGACCUGCCACUUCCCCGCUGGCUCUCUUAAUGGCAGCUAAGCAAAGAGAAAAGCAGAGAUCGACUUUGUCCCGGGAAAACAGUGCCAAGAACACGGAGCAGCCUAGUACGAGCAUUCACCAGAGUGACUCGAGUCCCAAUUCCUUUAUUGUCACCCCAAGAUCCAGUUCACCCUCCUCUCUGACAUCUUCAGAGAGAACGCAGGAGAGCCCAAAGUCUGUCCGUCCUGAAGAGAGAACGCAAACAAUUCAGACUACAGAAAAAUCAAACAGCACUGCGCUGAUCAAAAAUCAGAUACCAUCUACCAGUCCAGCUCUCAGAAGGACGGCAGAAGCUACACCCUCAAGUGCGAGCAACCUAGAUGUGCAGAAAAUACACCCAGAGCAAAGCCUGCCAAAGUCUCAAUCCCCACAAUGUGAGGAUAAAAAAGAGGAAUUAUGUGUGCCAUUACUCCCCCCGCCGCCAGAGUUUGAUGAUUUUGAUGAGAUUACAGAGCCUCCUCCUUCCAUCCGUCCACCUGAUCCUCCGGUGAAAAGGGCACCGAUGUCAGCUGAAAGCUCUCUCCCUCCAGCUCAUGUCCCACCUCCUCCACCAAAGCUUAACAUCCCAAACCCUCCAGCACCUCCAAAGCUUCCGCCUCCGGACAUCCACGUCAAACCAAAGCUGCAAGUUCAGACAAAACCCCAAGUCACCCCUACACAGCAACCAUCCACUCUGUCACCCAGUCAGGCCACCCUCCUGAGCAUCUUACAAAAGAAGAUGUUGGAAAUGGACCACAGACUAAUGCCCAUGAAAGAUGCAGACUCCAGUUCUGAUGAUUGGGGUGCCUCUGUGUCUAAUGAGGACACUAAAGUCCCUGUUCUCCCCAGAGCCACACCACAGAGCAAGAAUUUCACUGUGGCAAAGAAAACACCAACCCUGGACACGCAGGAGUUGGAGGAUAAAGUGGUCAAAAAGUAUCAGGAGGCAUCCUCAAAAAAAGCUACCACCAGCAAUGGACUACAAUCUAAACAUCAGUAUGGCAUGACAUUCACAGUUCGGCCUGGAACCAAACAACCUAUCACUCUUGUCAGUAAAGGGGAAUCUUAAGUGAAUAAGAUAGGUGUUCUUCAAUAUACAGCCCAUAUAGCUUUUGAUUGUAGAAUGUACUUUUGCAUCAGAAAGAAUUUGUACAAUGGUGGAGGAAGCACUUUGAACAAAUGAGUUACAUAAAUGUGGUUUUCAGAUAUGUUGAGAAUGUCUCCUAACAAUGGUCUGCCCUGCUAUGAAUACUGUAGUCUGAAUGUAUUGCUCAAUCUCCAGAGAGAGAGAGAGUGUUUUCUUUUCCGUUUUAUAUUUUAUUUUUGUCAGUCUCAAGAAAGAGUGGACCAUUUACCAAGUUUUUUUAUGCUGUUGUUUAUUCAGUGUAGAGGUAUAUGUUGUCUUUUUAACCACAGCUUUUAAUCAAUCUCAGUGCCUCAUGGGUAAAACUCAUAAAUUAGGCAAAUUCUAUUAAUAAAAUGCUUUAUAUAUAUAGUAAGAUAUUCAUAUCUGUAAUACUGUAUGCUAAAUGGAAUGACUGUACAAUAUACAGUCAUUUGUAGAACAUGAAAAGUCAAUUAUUCAAUUCUUCUUCAACUUCAAUGGGUUUAUCUGUAAUCUUGACUGUAAAAUAGAAUAAUGUGCAAUUGAAUGUAUAUUGUGGUACAUUAUGGUACAUUUGGUUCAUGCUGUAAUUACAUAUCCCGUAACUCAAAUGUUAUUUAACUGUUACAUAUACAUUUUUUAGGUCCAUUGGAAAGAAGCCAACAUUAAAUUCAGAUGAAUCCUGGAGUGCGUUGAUCUUUCAAUAGGAUUGUUCUCAUAUUUAUUGAUCUAGGAGAUGGUUUGCCAUCUGUGUUAGUUAUUCUGCAUGUGUCUAUGUAGCUACAUUCUGCUUGUGUUGCUAUGCUGUAAAUAUUGGUUUGCAGAAGAUUAAAACGGAACAUAUAUACUGUAAGAUGUAGUUGAAUGUACAUGUUAAGGUUAUGUAAUCAAAAUAUUUAAAUAUUGGUCAUG